AUGAACGUGAAGCCAGCACUCCGCCUGAGGGGCCAUCCCCUCCUAUACGCCAUCUGCCUUCACCUCGCCAUCGGUGCCUCUCUAUGGGGCUACAACAUCGGCGUCCUCUCCAGCGUUCUCGUCCACCCAGGUUUCAGCAAAACCCUUCGUGAUCCGCCGCCAUCCACACGCGGUAUCAUCACCGGCGUCUACUAUGUCGGUACACUGCUCAGCUACAUCUUCCUUGCUCAUCCCCUGGCCGAUUGGCUUGGGCGCAAGAGUGCUGCUGCCAUUGGUACGGUGGUGAUGGUUAUCGGAAUGUGGUGCAUGGCGGCCGCCAGAGGUCUGGCCCCCUUGGUCGUUGGCAGACUGGCCUGUGGCUUGGGGGUUGGUAUCAUUAGCACGACGGUGCCUCUGUAUCAGAGUGAGAUUUCCCCGGCAAAGGAAAGAGGCAAGUUCGUGACGAUGAACCAUGUCGGCUUCAUCGCGGGCAUGGCAGUCGGUCUAUGGGUCGGCUAUGGCAUGUCAUUUUGGAAGACGACAUCGGGAGACUUCUGGGGCUGGCGUUUCUCCAUCUUUUUCCAAAUCAUUCCAGCAUCCAUCUUCCUCCUAGGGCUGCCCUUCCUACCUGAGACACCACGAUGGCUCGUCCAACAAGGCCGCAAAGAUGAGGCCAAAGCCAUCCUGCAUACUCUGCGCCCCUCCUCGAUCGCCACACAAGAACUGCACCUCAUCUCCACCUCCACGACGCGUUUACCCCCGACAUUCUCGUCCUUCAAACGCCUGACUUUCUCACUCUUUCGAGAUCCGGCACUCUUCACUCGUCUCUGGCGGGCCUUCCUCCUGCAGUUCAUGGCGCAGAUGUGCGGCGCCGCAGCCAUGAAAUACUAUCUCCCCUCGCUGCUCCAGAAUCUAGGGCUGAGUGUACAGAGCUCGCUGAUGGCUGGUGCCAUUGAGAUGACGCUCAAGAUAGGCAUGACAGUCGUAGAGAUGUGGAUCAUCGACAGGCUCGGACGAAGAUUAUGUCUGGUACUCGGUGCAGUAAUCAUGGGUGUCGCCAUGCUGAUCAAUGGCGCCUUGCCGCUCAUGUACCCCGACAACAUGAACAAGCCGGCAGAUGUCAUCUGCAUCAUGUUUAUUUUCGUCUACGCCAUGGGUUACUCCCUCGGCCUCGGCCCUGCGGCUUGGAUCUUCCCAACGUCCGUGCGCGCACGAGGUCUCAACCUUGCCGCGUCCGGUGGCGCGCUCGGCUCCAUCAUCGUGUCGCAGAUAUGGCCACUCGGCAAUGCAGCCUUUGGCAGCGGCAUUUACUUCUUCUUCAUGAUCGUGAAUUUUGCCUGUGCGCCGACCAUUUGGUUCCUCUACCCGGAGACCAAGGGCCGCGAACUGGAGGACAUGGACGCCCUUUUUGGAGAGACGGAUACACAACGUGAGCUGGCCAUGGGGAUCAACAAUGGCGAACAAGUCAGCGCGUCACCACGCACAAGCGGGGAAGAACAGGACCGUCUCCUCGCCGACUGA